UUGCAGGUGUCCAUAGCAGGACUUUCUCUCUCCUCUUUUUUCCACCAUUUUGUCACCUGAACCAGAGGAAGCUAUAUCUAUAUGCAGUGACUACUAUGGUUAAUCAUCAUCUUUCCAUUUGUCUUCUGUUCUAAUACAUUGCAUCUGAUACAUUAAUUGAGUUUUUUCUCCUCCCUUGAACUCAAUUCCUUUUUUGUUUAACUGAAUUGAAUUUGGCGUGAGGAAGGUGGAAGGAAAUAGUCAUAGGCAGAGGUGUACUUUGAUUUUGACUUAGGGGAUAUGGCUGAUCUGGUUACAGGUAGGCUUGAAAUGAAAGCUAGUUCUAGACUUUCUCCUGAUUCGGCACCAUAUUUUUUUUCAAAGCAAAAUUAGCUUUCAGUUUCAUUCACGGACUUUCUGGGGCUUUGACUAUUUGAAUCCUUAUUCUUCUUCUUCUUCCUCCUCUUCUUCUCCUUCCCCCCCAGGGUCUCCUUUCAUCAGUUUCUCAUCACCCAUUACUCCUAGUACGCUCUCUUAAUCUGUAGACAAGUGGGUUCUAAUCGUAAUCAAAGAUAUGGGUGUGCAGGUUGGAUGGCCAAAGUCACACCCUUUUGCCCCUUAUUCAAUCUCUUCUUCUCAGAAAUUGGGUUCUACCGUUUGUUUAUAUCCAUUCACAAGACUUAAGAUCAAUGAUGGAGCUGUAGCUCGCAGGCUUACACUCUCAAAAGGCUGUGCCAUUAUCCGAGCUUGCUGUGCCAAGUUAGAUCAAUUCUCUGAUGAUGGUUUUUUUCCAAGACUGGAUGAUCAUGAUGAUUACUGUGACGAUGACCACAAGAAUUCAGUGUCCAAAAUCUUUGAAAAUUCAAGGUACAAUGAAGAUGAUGAUGAUAGUAGCAACAUGGGGUUUUCAGCAUCAUUUUCUUCUUCCAAGCUUGACUCUUUGAGGCCUUCUUGGCUAGAAAUUUGGCCAGAGCCGCCCAACUGGCCAGGGAGAGAUGAGAUCAUUCAGGCAAGCAUCGAAAGAAAGGCGGUUAGGUUUGAUAUCCCUGUGUCUCUGCGGAUGAUUAAGAGGAAGCAACAAUGGGAAGAGGGUGUUACAAAAGGAGAAGAUUCUGUUUAUUGUUCUGUGAAGAAGGCCUUCUCUUCGAUGGUAUUCAUAAUUAGGGAGCUGCAGAGCUACUCCUUACAGAUAAAGGAAAUUCUCUACUGUGAAGAUCUUCAAGGGAUUCUGAGCCGGGUUCAUAGAGAAUUGCAUGCAUCCUUUGUAUGGCUUUUUCAACAGGUGUUCUCCAAAACACCAACUCUCAUGGUGUAUUUGAUGAUUCUAUUAGCGAAUUUCACAGUAUAUUCACUGAUGGAUGAUACUGAAAAUGCAGAAACUUCUAUUCCUCCAACCUCAUCUAUGAUCACUGAGACUUUCUCAGUGACAGAGAGAGAGAAUCAACCACAACCCAAUUUCCAAUCUUUAAUUUUCCUUAAGACAUCAUCGGUCACUUCUCCAAAUGAGGUUGUGAAGACUAGCAUCAGUACUAGACCAUUGCCAAUGACCCUAUGUUCAAAUGUGGUUGCUGAUGAGUAUGGGAGCGGGGAACUGACCCACAUGGAGGAGGUGAACUUGUGGAACUCAGUGGUAGAGGAAGCUUCAAGGAUGGCGGCCGAAUCAGGGGCUGAGGCUCUGGAUCAUGAGACUAUUCAAAGGAUGGUCUCUCCGGUUGGCGUGGAACUUGAAGCAGAUGACUACAUAGAGUAUUUCAGAACAGAUCUUCUGUACCAGAUUAGAAUAUCUGAGGAUCCCAAUAAUCCCCUUCUGUUGUGUAAUUACGGGCAGUUCCUCCGCCUUUUCGCUCGUGAUCAGGACAGGGCAGAGGAAUGCUUCAAGAGGGCUGUAGAGGUGGAACCAGAGGAUGGAGAGGCACUGAACCAAUAUGCAAACUUCUUAUGGAUGGUAAGGAAGGAUCUGUGGGGAGCAGAGGAGAGAUUUCUGCAAGCCAUGGCAGCAGAGCCAGGAAACCCUUACCGUGUUUCCAACUAUGCCACUUUCCUUUGGAAUACUGGUGGUGGGGAUACCUGUUUUCCUCUCCAACCAUCCCAGCUGUAACAAGAAGAAGGCUGAAUAGUGGAAAGAAAAUUUAGAUUACUCUCUUGUGCCCUUCUUGCUCCUAAUCUAUUGCUUGAUUUCUUGAUUUCAGCAAAAAAAUGCUGUUUCAACAAACAGCAUUUGGGGUACAUGACUGGUAUGCACUAAAUGCACUAUCUUAAAAAGGAGUAGCAAUGAAUGAAUGGGGAUUGGGGAUGAAAAUGGUUGCUCAAAUUGUGGACUACUGGUAUAUGUGGGUCAAAUUCAUUUUAGGGGUUCUUUUUAGCUAAAUGAAUUGGGGGCCGAAUGUGUUUUUUCAUGA